UAGUUUCUGUCAAUAAAUACCAAUCAGUCAACAUUUGUAAAAUAAUAUCAAUAUAAAUAUAAACUAUUAGAAGAUUAUAAUGAAAAUCAUUUGAAAAUAAGGUUAAGAAAGUAAAAGUAAAAACUAAAAGUAUGAAACUCAAAUUAUACAACGAUAUAGUGACAACAAUUCGAAAAUUUCGAGGUUUGUCAAAGGAUUGUAGAGAUGUUUUAAAAGAAAAGUAUAGCGAUAUUCCAGUAUAUACUUUGUACAGUAUAUUAUCUUUAGAAGUGCAACACAAAAUGAAAAUCAAUCAUAGCAAGUUAUUUGGUAAUAACAAAAAUUAUUAUGACACUUACAUAGAAGCUGUACAAAAUGGAGAACCUGUUGGAAUUUUACUGAAAAUGGCAAAGGAUAUUGGUGCACCUCCUGCAUUGUUGGCUAGAAAUGUUCUUGAAAAACAUUGUGGAAAAGAUGAAUCUAAUGUUUCUCGAAAUGAAGUUAGCAAGUUAUUCAAAGACACUACUCUCAUACAAGACAAGGAUCUUGCAUAUGAAGUAUAUUUGUGUAUAUUAUAUGACAAUUUGUAUGGACCUAUAUCAGAUGCUGUUGGAACUUCUGUAGGUCAAGAAUAUGAGUUAAAAUUACAAAACUACUUAAUAGAACGAAAUCUUGCAUUCCGCAAUGAAGAACACUUGAGAUCAAGAGGAUAUGAUAAAACACCAGAUUUCAAACUUGAAGUUCCAAUUGCAGUAAAUGGCUUUGUGAUUAAUUGGAUAGAAUCCAAGGCAAGAUUUGGAAAUACAGAAAUACAUCAAAAGUAUAUCAAAGAACAAUUCCUAAGCUACUGGAACAGAUUUGGUCCAGGACUUGUAAUUUACUGGUUUGGAUUUUUGGACAAUCUGAAUGAACCCAGCGAAAAAAGAUUUAUUAUCAUGGAUCAUUUCCCAGAAGAUGUUACGUAUAUGGAUCCUACUUGUAUUAAACCUGCAACUUCAUAACGAUUGUGAUUUCUUAAAUUUUAUUUUGUAACAACAUUAGUGAUAUUCAUAGAAUAAGGAUUAUUAUUGUUAAAUAUAAAAUGAUAUUUUAUUUGUCA